AUGAAGAGAGGGGUAUUAAAUUGUUAUUCCAGGGCGGACUACUGGAAGUCUCAGGGUCGUAAAUUUUGCGACUUCUGCAAGUGUUGGAUCGCUGACAAUAAGCCCAGUAUCGAUUUCCACGAGGGUGGUAAGAAGCACAAGGAGAAUGUUAGCAAACGGCUCAAAGAAAUCCACAAAAAUAGUGCGAAGCAGGCGAAGCAAAACAAGAAGAUCGAGGACGACAUCAAGAGGAUGGAAAACCUGAUUUGUUCCCCACAGGCAGCUAUGGCUGCGUACCUGAAGGAUGUCGAGAACAACACGAAAGACAUGACCGCGGAGAGAAUCAUCAAAGAGAAAUUGAAUCGGAUGGAAACGAAGGACGUGGGUACACGAUAUAUGACCUGCGUUCCCUCACGAGGUCGAUCCGUGUGAUCCAACUGUGGCGAGGCACACGGCGUCGCAACAAUCAAAAUCACAACAGAGGGGCGACAACAAAAAUCAAGGGAAAAGCAAAACAGGAAAAGGGAAGGGAAAGGGGAAGAGAAUUACGGAAGACGAGCGCGCUGUGAAACCUGUUCGGAAACUUUGGUACGAAGCUCUCAGUACCGAGGGAUACACAUAUUAUUGGCACAUCGAAACCAAUGGUGAAUAUGUACCUAUUAAUGUGUAUAUUAAUUUUGAACAAAUUUCCUUCCUUUCUACCCAUCUUUUGAAUAUACUUCUCUGUUCAUUUCGCGCAAUAGAAUCCGUCUGGGAGCCACCGGAAGAGGGAUACAUGACGUUCGCGGAGCAAGAAGAAGAAGCAAAGGAACAAGCGCUUCAGGAGGAAUUGUUAAAACAAUUGGACAGGGAAGAAGCGAUUGCGAACGCGAACAGUCUCGAGGAGAAACGGGCCAAUGCCGAGAGAGAGAAGUUGAAGGAAUUGAGGAAGACACGUAGUGAACCACCGCCGCGAGUAGCAGCCGAUGAUGAAGAUACAAUGAAGACGGAAACUGUGACCGAGGAGGAAAGCCAGCCGUACAGACGAGACUAUAGUAUUCCGGUAAAAUCACAUCCGUAUGGACCUUGGCAAACCGUUCGAAAGAUGAACGUUCGAAUGUAUAUCUUCUGUUUCAGCGAAAUGAAACCGGUGGAUUUUCAACUGCCAGAGCAGACGCAAGUGCAACUGCCAGUCUUUGAGAAAACAGAGCUGCCCUCGGUGCAAAGAACGUUCAAAGAAAAGAUCAUCACGCAAUACGUAGCCGAUAGCGACGAUGAUGGACAACCAAUUAAGUUUAAAAAGCGAAAACUUGGUAAUAAGAAUGUACGGCAAAGGUUAACCGACGAGUGAUAAAAACCGUGUCGAUGGUUAACGUCCAAUCGUUACACAAAUUUUAAUCGGACGACUUGUCGUGUUCAUUCGGAAAUUACAUCGUUCCAGCGACUGAAGAGAAAUAUACAAAUAAGAUCUAGAUAAGAUCGUUAUAUUUUAAGUAUAUUUAAAUAUGUCACAGAUACGACAUGUAUGAAAUAGUAAUGUUAGAUGAAAUUUCUUUUCCAUUGGCAGUUUAUGUAACGCGAGUUACAUAA